AUGUCAUCUCCCACACGGCAUUCGGAAGCAGCUACGAACAAGGGAAAAAGGUACCUUCCAACUGAAAAGAACCUCAAGAUAUGGAAGCUUGACAAGGAGGUGAGGACCAUGCUUAUGAACAUCAUCAAAGGCCGUCUUGCCACCAAAGACACCAUGGGCUAUGGCAACGACCUCCUCGGGCUUAUGUUGGAGGCAUGUGGCCCAGAGGACGGGCAAAAUCCGCUUUUGAGUAUGGAUGAGAUCAUAGAUGAGUGCAAGACCUUCUUCUUUGCCGGGCAUGACACCAGCUCACACCUGCUCACAUGGACCAUGUUCUUGCUGAGCACGCACCCCGAGUGGCAGGAGAAGCUCAGGGAGGAGGUGCUAAGAGAGUGUAGCAACGGUGUUCCCACCGGUGACAUGCUCAACAAACUACAACUGGUCAACAUGUUCCUACUAGAAACUCUCAGGUUAUACGCACCUGUAUCGGCCAUUCAGAGGAAGGCGGGUUCGGAUCUCGAGGUUGGUGGCAUCAAAGUGCCCGAAGGCACGGUCCUAACGAUCCCCAUCGCGACGAUACAUCGCGACAAGGAGGUCUGGGGAGAAGAUGCCAACGAAUUCAAGCCUAUGAGGUUCGAGAAUGGAGUGACAAGGGCCGGAAAGCACCCCAAUGCCUUAUUGUCUUUCUCCAGUGGUCCGAGGUCGUGCAUAGGGCAGAACUUUGCAAUGAUCGAGGCCAAGGCCGUGAUCGCUGUGAUUCUUCAGAGGUUCUCAUUCUCCCUAUCACCAAAGUAUGUCCAUGCCCCCAUGGAUGUGAUCACGCUGCGGCCUAAGUUUGGGCUUCCCAUGAUCCUCAAGAGCCUAGAGAUGUAG